CGGGGCGAGAACCCCAACCUCCCCGGCGCGUACCUGGCCUCGUCCGGUUGUUCGGCCGGCAGACUGUCGCACGUCGGUGUACACCCGUUGGCAGCCUGUCAUCCGGCCGCCCUGGCCAGCCAUCAUCGUUCGGAACAGCACGUUCAACUGGGUCACGCCGCGGCCGCGGCCGCUGCUGCGGCAUCCAUGGGGAUGGAAUCCUCGGAAUUGGUCGCGGUCGCUCACUACCAGGCGCAACAGCUUCAGCGACAAUUGUUGGCCGAGCAGCAGUCGGCUGCUGGCGCUAUGCUGCCGCCGGUUGGUCAACCACCGGUUGGAACAUUGCCGCAACCGUUGCAGCAAGCGCAGCAACCUCAGUCCCAGGGCCAGGAUCCGUUGCAGAGCCUGAUGCAGCAGCUGAUCUGUUUGCAACAGAUCGAAUACUUCCUCGCGCAGCGUGGCCACAAGUGAUCCUCCUCCUCCUCCUAGAGGACCAGCUCUGCUUCCCGAGGAUCCAGACCCGCGACGGCGAACGCGACGAACGCGAAGGACUCGGUACAAAAGAGAGAAGUGCGCGUUUCGUUUACUAGCUUUUACGCGUCGUUCGCAUUGUUCGCAGUUUUAGUCUCGUGCUGUGACCGACCCCGAUUUCGGGGCUGAAGAUGGACGCACGCGUGUGCCCGUUCGAGGCGGAUCGCCUGUCGAACGGGCGGUAUACGGGGAGGCGUGCACGGUGUUUCCGAGUUCGUCGAGUUCGAUGGGUGAAUCAGGAUACCGGAAGGCGAGGGAUCGGCUGUAUCGUAAGCUCGUACGCUUCGCGGUGGAUCGACGGAAACGACGCGCCGUGACGAGAACCGUGACGGCCUCUGGUUUUGCCGCUGAGGCCAAGCGUUUUGCGUGUGAUAAGACGUUACGUCGAAAGAAAACAAAGUAUGUAAGAAAAUGUAGAAGGAAGUUUAAGUAUCGGUGAAACGCUUUCUUGGGGGUGGGGGGUAGGGGGGGAGAUAGGGGACAUAGAAGAGGAAACAGAAGAAGAAAUGCAAGAUAGAACGCAAGUAAAUGUUUAUUGAGAAAAGAAAAUGAAACGGUACGCCGCGCACGGCAGAGACGAUCAUUCGCUCUGGUGCGAGCUGUGAAUGAAUCUCUAUCCGUCAACAGUAUUGAUAUAAUUAAUAGAAUAAAUGAAUAUAAAAAAAAAAAUAUUGUAAGAGGUAUAUCGUAAGUACGUAUUGUGCAAGCGUAUGCGAGGUAGGAGAGUGUGGUUGCGAGGAUACGGCGUGGAGUACAUAACGGUAGGAUGUGAGAGGAUAUGGGUGUGUAAGAGGAAGACCGGAUCAUACGUUAGGCUGAAAGAUUUCUAACAAGCGCGGAGCCCGAUCGAACGCCAACGCACAGGCCCUGAUUGCCCCGUGUAUCGAAUCUUGUCGAACUUUUCGUCCUUUCCUUUAUCGUCGUUACGCGUGUGUGACCAGGUGCAGACAGGAUAGCUGAUGAAAAUAUUUUCCAGUUCGUCGUCGAUACGUUGAUCGGCCGAGGCUGUCAGGUUUUAUCGUCUUAUUUCAUUUUUUCUUAGCCAAUGGUUCGCGCGAUCCUUGCGGAGGAUACAUCGUCGGGAACAGCAUGUUCAUCGGUGUGGAUGAUGCGUUUGCUUCGGAUGUUCAGCGAGACAAUCGUUACUUAAUACCCCCGCGACCAUCUACCUUCGUUCGUAACACGGCACGCGUAUCGAGAACAGAAAAGAAAGAUUUUCAAAAUGAAACAUUAACACAGCAGGAUUGCGUACGACACAAUGUGAAUCAUUCUAGCAUAAAGUUCCUUGCGCGUUACGUUUGUACACGAUAUAUAUAUAUAUAUAUAUGUGUGUAUAUAUAUAUAUGUUCCUCACACUGUAUGCUUACACUGUUUGUUCCUAUUUUUUUGUAUUAAUCAUCGUGAUUCGUUGUGUUCUCUUCCUUCGCUGUUUUAAGCUCUCGAGCACAAGCAUAACGGGGCAUUACAUAUACCGAGAGGAUAUAUUCGAAAAUGCGUGAAACAUAGCGACAUUUUGAAUCUAACAAAGUCCACGUUCUUCUGCUGUUCGCCUUCUUCUCUGUUGCGUACAAUCGUCAUUUACAGAUCCGUCACGAUCGUCCUGUUCGCACAUCAUAGUUUCUCUUAAGAAAGGAACAUCGUUUUAGUUUUUAUUCGCGUAUAUUUAUUAGGCUUCACCUCUCCCGACUGGUGUCACCGCGAAUACACGAUUUCUUCCGGCAUUUUCUUGUCUCAAUAUUCGACGAUCGACGUUCAUUGCAUCCUCCGGAAGUCGUGCUAAGUUUUACCGAUCGAAGAAGUGCCCUUCGAAGCGGGGAUUUAUAGAAAUGUUUACCUACCAAAGUACCCUUCGAAGCGGAGUUGCGUGAAAAUUUUCAAAGCGCGGCUAAGAACGACCGCAGGAGAUUUAUUCUUCCAUUAAUUAAUUAAUGACGCGUCGGACAGGGAUACAAACGGUCCGCGAGAAAACUCGAUGGAAAAUCCAUUUGGUUAAUUAAUUGACAAUUACUGUGUGGGGGAAGAGGGCACGAACGUCGGCGUUUCAUCACGUCCAUAAACUCUGCGCUAUCCGGGGGUAGUUGCUUCCACUUCGCACGAUCGCCUUUUUCUUCAUCGAGCACAGGCAUCGUUCACACACGCAGACAGACAGACAGACACACACGCAUUUAGGUGACAAAACGGAGAACGAACUGUAGAAAGGGGUUCUCUUUUUUUUCUGUUUCCACGGGGGAAUACGGUGAUCCAGUACGAGGAGCAAGAGGUCGUCGCCGUUUGUUUCUCGCCGAAAUUUCCAUCCUUCCUUCCUCUCCGUUCUCUGCUCCAUUUCGUUCUUUUACUGUAAUUCGAUUAGUAUUCAAUUUUAGACGAAAAGAUCGGUAGAAAUAAAAUUUGAAACUCGUUCGGAAAAAUGGAGCGGUGAACGGGGUAGGAAAAGCGGGUAAAAACGUGCGAGUAAAAAAGCUUUUGACACGCGCGUACACACAUACACGAACACUAACGAAUACAAAUCAUUGAAUUAGAUAGGUAAGAUACGCGUGAAGCCAGUACAGUCCCACGGCGUGUGAGAGUGUGCGAAGAAAACGAGAAAAGGGUGUUUCGUAAAAGAAAUGAAGAUGAAGAAUCGAAGAAAGUAUGCCUCUGCGUGUUUCCAUGUAAGAAUGUGUUAGGAAAAAAUGUACGUACGUGUGUGUGUGUGGGUGUGCGAGAAAAGGAGAAUAGAUGCAAACGAUUAUUUCGACACGAGCAUGCGGUGGGUUUUAGGAUAAAUGAUCUAUUGACAAAUGUUGUAUAUUAUUACGAAUUAUAAUGACACUAUUAUAAUUAAUUAAUUCAUCAAUUAAUUAAUUAUUAUACCCUAAUAAUGCGAAUUGAAUUUAAACGACAGAGGAAGGAUCGAAGAUGUGGGAAUAGGUGAUGCAACAGGAGAAACGAUAAGUAAAAAAUAGGAAGCAAAAGAUAAUGAAUUUUUAAUUGUUAACGAAAUACACAUAAAACACGGAGCCGGAUUUAUAUAAAAUAGAAGAAAAAAAAAAAAACAGAACAGCUUGGGUUGCGAAGCUCUGAAUGCGGGCCGAUCAGAUCAGCCUCGUGACGCUGUCGAGGGUAAAAUUUUGAAAAAUCAACGCGACACGCUUUGUCACCAAUGAUAAAGUGCAUCGAUCAAGUUUCCAUAGAUUUUCAAACUUUUCUUUUUCUAUUUUUUUCUAGCUUUUCAUUUCUCGUUUCCUAUCGAUGACCCAGAAGCAUGUACAAAGUGUUUCAAGGCUUUUCAUGAAUUUUAAAAAAAUAUGGAUCACGCGUUAGAUCUUGAUGAUGCAUUUUAACGAAUCACGCAAAGCAGCCAAGCGAUGGCGAGGAUCAAAGGUGAUUCGAAUUUUAACACUUUGAAUAGCCACUCCGCUCGUAUUUGGGUGAUGCGUGAAUUUCUACGAUUAAUUAAUCUAAUUACCCAUUUACGAGCGACCCUUUUAUGCGCUCGAUUCCAAACGAUUUUACUAAUUAUUUUAUUCUUUUAAUGAAAUUCGAAGCCUCGCCAUCGCUCGGCCUUUUUUAUUCGGCCGGUUGAGAAGAAUCAUACAAAUUAGUUUUUAAAAUUUCGUGGGAAAAAAGGGAGAGGACACGACGGGGCGAUCGACGACGUCUCUCUGUGAAAGUAUCGAUCGUACAAGUAGAAAAUGGCUCGUAGCAUCUGUGUUCCUCGUUGAUUUCUCGAUCAUAAUCGAUCUCCCUCUCUUCUUAUAUCGUUUGAUAAAAAAAAGAAAUAACUAAAUCCUUUCGUUGCGCGUCACAUUAGAAUUUAAUGCGACCAUCAAUGGAGAUGCUGAACGUCGAGUUAAAUAAUAAAUUAUUUAUCAGGUUUCAUCGAUUUUCCAUUCUUAUGCAUCAGGUACCGCAGCGAAAGGGUUAAGAACGCAUUAUCAUUUAAUUUGAAACACAAAAGAUAUCUGAGAAAAUUUUUCUUUUUAUUUUUAACAGUUCCUAUUCAUAAAACAACGUAUUUACAAUUUUAUUAUCGUGACUUAUAGAAAGGUAAUCCUUCGUAAAUCGAAUUUCUAUGAUUUUAUAUCGUGUAUCUCGUCGUCGAGACGCUGUUUCUUCUUUCGAAAAGAUUUCUUUCUCCUCACUCACGUUUAAGAAAAAUUUGUCAGAAAGAAGGAUCGUUCCUUUUCCGUCCACAGCAACUGAAGCGAAUUUCAUUCGACAAGAGACUAAAAAGAAAGAAGGGAAAACUUCGGUCCUGAGUCAGAAAGGUCCCAAGUAGAUUUUGGCUCAGGGAUAAGCAAGAAGUAUCGUACUCGAAAGUGUUAUUUGCGGCCUUUUGGACUGAGCAGCCGAAUUACAAACACGAAGAAGAAACAUUCUUGUUUCUUUCAUCAAAAUUUUCGGAUCCUCGGAAGAUCGGCGUCUAAACGAAAGUAGAAUAUUGAUUGAUUAGUAUUCGAUCCUCUGUUUCCAUUCAAUUUUUAAUUAUUUUCUAACUGGUAGUUCCCAUUUUCUAAAUUUUAAUAAAAUUUUCGUUUGAUAAGUUCGAGAGUAAGAUAGAGAUUCGAGGGAUCAACGACGAGAAAGAAAUGAUGAAUGAAUUGAAGAGAGACGAGAAAACGUGUACAUAAGCGUGACGUCCACAAGAGACCGGAAAUAUGCUUGGCCAAGCCGUUUGUUCAUCUGUAAAUAUUCUGUCCUCUGAAUUUGGCACUAAUCCGUGCCUGUGUGGUCGGUGUGAAAGAUAUUUGAGAUUCUCGAUCAACGCGUCGGUCAAUCGCUAUUACUGGACCAGUCUUGGGCGACGAACGUGCACCGAUUCAUAGUGUAUAAAAGAAAAGGGGGAGAUUAACAAAAAAGAAAAAAAAACACAAAACAAAAUAUUAGCGAAUUAGGGACGAUUUAAAAUGCGAUCGAAAGGAGUAAUUACAAGUUUACCCUAAGUGGACAUGGGCCAGCUAAGGUAUAUUAUAUUAAUAUACAUUCAAAGUUGGCCCAUCGCCAUGACCAAUGAAGUAAUAAUGGGGGAGAAAUAAGAAUGAAAGAAGGAAAGAAAUGCAAGAAACAAAGCAAAAGAAAACAAAAAAAAAAUUGUCAUCUAAUUACAUUUUUACGCACUCCAAAUUUUUAUCCUCGUCAUUUGUAUCAUAGCGACAUGUGUUUAAAGAUGAAUCCACAUUAUAUGUAUGUAAUCAAAAUUGUAACUGACAAAACGUUAAUAAAAAAAUGAUAUUCGAAUCUUUGCUCA